UUUUAAAUAUAAAAAAAAUUUUUUUUUUACAAUUAUAUUUUAUAAUCUUAUAAUAUUUACUUAUUUUAUAAAUAUAAAUGAUAUAUAAUUUAAUCUAAAUACUUAAACUUAAGCGUCUACAUUUACAAAAAAAAUAUCCCAAAAUGGUAAACAUUAGCAACGAAAAUUUUUUCACUUACCUAUCCGAAAAUCAGUAUUUUUAUAACACUAACAAUGAUUGGGCUAUACAUGAUUCGAUAACUAAGUUGAAAGAUGACAUGAAUGAAGAAAUUAUUCGCAAGAAAUUUUUUGACAAAAACCUUUUCGACAUCGAAGCCGCUACCUCUUUCAAAAAUUACAAAUAUUCAUACAAUAACAAUAAUAACAUAUUUAAAACUGAUUCGGGGAUCACAAUUUUAACGCCUACCAAUCAUUUUACAUAUGAUUUUGACUCGCUCCAUGCCCGUAGUCCUAUGGUAAUCUCCUCGAAAGGUAUAGAUACGAAAUACCUGAAUUAUUGCGAUAGUAAAACACAUGUUGAGUUAAGUGGUGAUGGGAAUGGUUUUGGCCUAAUUAAUAAUAUACCUUGCGAGAAAAAUGAUAGUAUAAAUUCGAAACAAAUGUCCGAAUUUGAUUUAGUUGUUAACGAGAUUCCAUACAUUCCCAACCCCGAAUGUCAAAUUAAUAAUAAUAAUUCUGUUAAUGGCCCAUCGAGUCUACAUCAUUUUGACUCAUUAAAUUCUCUUCUUUACCGUUAUCCUGACCUUAAUCACAAUUCUAAUAAAAAAAGUAACUCUGAGGAAGGUGAAAUUAAUAUCGAUGUUAACCAUCCUACAACUUUUGAUGUUUACAAAAUUUCCAACGAACUUAAUGACGAUGCUGUGGAUAAUGAUCGAUUGAAUAAACCUCUGGGCAAUUCGGGACUUCACUCUGAGAACAAAAUCUAUGAUUUCGAUCACAAAUCCUCUAUCCCGGAUAUUAUGCCCUACAAUUUUUACAAAAAGAGAAAAGUGAAGAUUGAAUGGGGAAAUGAUGAAUGUUUUGCGAAGACUGAUGAUUUAAAUCAAAACACUAUUUUGAAUAACGAACCAGAGUAUAGAAAAUAUUUCGAAUCCGUCGCGAAUAGCAAAUAUUCGACAUUUGGCAGAUUUAAAAAGUCGAGAAACAAAAAUAUUGAAAACCCCGAAACCCAAUGCCACUAUAAUAGCCACCAUGACAAAAAUCCAAUGUAUAUCGAUGAAGAGAAAACUGAAGUUAAAAAAGACUACACUCAACCUCAAUUAUAUUGCAAUCAAAACCCAUCGCCUACAAACACUGGGUGUUACAAAUGGAUGCAAAUUAAAAGGAAUAAUGGGAAUUUAAAUAACAAUUCUUCUUUCAAGCCGUUUGCCGCCCCUGAUUUAAGUUCGAAACAAACUUUCCCAAAAACUGGAAAUAGCUUUCACAAUAUAGACAAUAAUUUUAAUCAGCAAAGACAUAUUAUCAUGGAGGGUUCUGAUAUUUUUUCUAAAAUGAGAGAAGAAGACCAUUACUUGCCAGAUUCAUUUAUCGGGGAAAUUAAAAAUCCUGAUCAAAACCUAAAACGAGUUUAUACAAGUCAUCAUGCCACUAUUCCGCAGAAAGAUUUCAACAAUAUAGAGCAAAAAUACACUAAUUCGCAGACCGAUAAACAAUUCGAAAGCAAUCUUGUAUCAAUUACACCCAGAACCAUUAACUCUAAUUGCCAAGGAAAUGACAUUAACUUGGUUAAUAAUGUUAACACUGGUCGGACAAACUUUACCAACAAGCAGUUGACGGAACUGGAAAAAGAAUUUCAUUUUAAUAAUUACCUCACUAGAUCUCGCAGGUUAGAAAUUGCGGCUUCCUUAGAUUUGAACGAGAAUCAAGUAAAAAUUUGGUUUCAAAACAGGAGAAUGAAACAGAAAAAGCGUAUUAAGGAGGGAACCAUACUCGUAACGUCUAAACCUUCUAUGACUAACACCUACCUCAAUCAACAUCAUAUCUAUAAUUAUAAUAAUUGUUCCAAUAAUUGCAGUACAAACAACACCACUUGCCUAUUAACUGAACCAUCAAAAACGCUGAACAUCGAUAUCGUGUCGUCACACUCAAUUCUGAAUUCUCGUGACUAUAAUAAUGGCACCCAUCAUAUUAACACUCAUUUGUCACAAUUGUCAAAAUUUUCAGAAAUAUUGGAGCCCAAUUAUAUAAACGAAGAUCAUGUCAAGAAAUGGGAUAAUGAAAAUUAUAGAAAGAAUGACCUGAAUCUCAUUUACACGAAUUAUGAAAUAUCGUCUCCAAACAAUAAUAAUUCAAUUGAAUUCAACAAAAAUGUUUCCCAACCAAAAGGAUUUAACAUGGGCCAAAUGUUAACUGGAAACAUAACCAGCUCUACUCCACCUUAUUACAUACAACGGAUCAUGACUAAAAAAUCAAAUACGGAUGAAAUUUCGGGUUUGGUAUACCCUACUAAUUCGUAUUUAACCCCAAUGAAGGAUGUUUCUGAUGUUAGUUUCGAGGAAAAUUAUAAAUACACACAAUCCCUGCCUUAUAUUGAUAACAAUCACUCUUCGGUCAAUGUCAUUCUGACUAAGUCUUUCGAUACUAAUUCUAAUGGUAGUGAAUUGACAGAAUGCUUGGUAAAUCAUUCAUCAAAUUUUGAAAAUGUAGGAUUAAUCAAUAAUGAUAAGAUAUCAACUGCCAGGGAUUUUCAAAUUUUUUCACUCUACGAAAAUAAUUCUGCAUCAACAUUCUAUUCACCUCCAUCUAUAUCAUCAUCAGAGUGUCAUUGAAUUUCAAUUAUGAUAGUGGAUAUUUUUAAUUUUUUUUAUAAAAUAAAAAUCCCUAUUUCAAUUUUAAUUAAAUUAUAAAUUUUAUCAAUGGUGUAUAUUAUCCGUUAAGGAAAAUAAUAUCUAUUAUACAUGA